GUCAUCGCGAUUAAAUUAAAGAUCCCGAACCCGUUGCUCCCGUUUUUUGCCUGUCAGUCUGCGCAUUACGCGCAUUAACGUUGGUUGUGUUUCUGUUUUCGAUAUAGGAUCAAAAUGGCGGGGAUCACUGCCAGAGUUGCCCUAGUUUUUUUAGGAAUUUCUUGUGCUGUUGCUGCAAAAGUACCUACCUUUAGUACCGCAUAUUCAGCAAAGGGAACACUUUAUAUACCUUAUGCAGAAAUUCGUGAGCCAUUUUAUGCAUGGUAUGAUCUUAACAGAGGAUCCAGCCGAAUUGACUACUAUGGAGGAAUGGUAAAGACGUAUCAAUUGGGAAAAGAAGGUGCAAAUGGUAUUACUGUGAAAAUGGCUCCAAUCACAACUGAAACUGACCUCAAUAAAGAAACAUGUCUUCAAGUGAAUGGAACAAGUGACUCUAAAAUACUUCCGCAAACAAUUAUUCCCGAUGCAACUGGAAUGGAGUUUAUUGGUGAGGAAAUUAUCAACGGACUUCACUGUGAGAAAUGGCGACGUGUAGAAACCUUUGGAGAAAAAGUAAACAAAUACACAUUGUGGAUUCGUUAUAAGAAAUCACCUAAAUAUCCGCAAGUUAAAGAAGUCAUACCAGUCAGAUAUGAAAUGCGCGGAUUCAACUCUCUUCUUGGUUCUCACUAUGACCAUUACUACUUGGAAUAUGAGUGGUAUUCGUUCGAUACACCAAGUCCUGAUGUAUUUGAAAUCGCCGAAAACGAUACUUGUGUUACAUUUCCUGGGCCAGGGGAAAACCAUAUUUACACAUUCAAUCCGAUGCGUGAAUUUGUCCAUAAUUAUGACGAACAUGUAAAUACUGAGUUUGAUCAUUUUGGAAAGGCACAUAAAAAACACUAUACUACCGAGCUGGAACAAAAGCGUCGAAAGGAAGUUUUCAGACAGAAUUUAAGGUACAUUCAUUCUAAGAAUCGUGCAAACCUUGGUUACCAAUUGCAAGUUAAUCACUUGGCUGAUCGUACUGAUUUGGAAAUGAAGGCUCUCCGUGGAAAACAAUAUACCAAAGUAUCUGACAAUGGUGGCCUUCCGUUUCCGUACAACGUAGAUGAAGUUCAGGAUAUUCCUCAAUCUAUGGACUGGCGCUUGUACGGAGCUGUUACUCCUGUAAAGGAUCAAUCCGUGUGUGGCUCUUGUUGGAGUUUUGGUACUACCGGUGCUGUAGAAGGUGCCUACUAUGUAAAAUACCACAAACUACUCAGACUUUCCCAGCAAGCUCUAGUUGACUGUUCCUGGGGUUUUGGCAAUAACGGUUGUGAUGGUGGUGAGGAUUUCCGAGCGUAUCAAUGGAUUAUGAAACACGGUGGUAUUCCAACUGAAGAAGACUAUGGCGGCUACAUAGGACAGGAUGGAUACUGCCACGUCAACAAUGUAACUCUGACCGCGAAAAUGACUGGAUUUGUCAACGUGAGUCCGCGUGAUCCGAAAGCAUUGAAAAUCGCAAUUGCUAAACACGGCCCUGUCUCGGUUGCCAUCGACGCAUCUCAUAAGACGUUUUCAUUCUACGCUAAUGGAGUUUACUACGAAUCGGCUUGUGGAAAUACCGAACAGCAGUUGGAUCAUGCCGUAUUAGCAGUUGGGUAUGGCACCUUAAAUGGCCAAGACUAUUGGUUGGUGAAAAAUUCUUGGUCCAAUUAUUGGGGAAACGACGGCUACGUUUUAAUGGCACAGAAAGACAAUAACUGUGGCGUUCUAACUACACCCACAUACGUGUCUUUUGAUAAGAAGUGAUACACUAUGGCUGAAAUCCAGAAAUAUUUUUUUUAUUCUUCUCAAUUACUAAUUAAGUCUGCUGUCAAUGGGCAGGUCAACAAUUAUAGGUGGAGCUUCGAUCAAGCAUGAUAAAUUUAAUAGAUAAUUAAAAUAUUUUAA